AUCUUCGGUUGACAGCGGAGGUCACCGGCAAUCACCUCGGCUGCCACCCCCAUCUACCAGAAGUCUGGAACCCUCUUGGUGCGACAGUCGCGGAGAUGAGAGCGAUGCCUCCAAUCAGGGUCCAAAUUGCGUGCUCUGUUUGCAACGUCGCGCAGUACCCAGCCACGUGGGUGUGGUGUUUCUCAUAAAUUCUACUCGGCAAUGAUGACAAGUUUCUGAAAUCUUCACGACGGAGCUUCUUGUUUGGGUAACUCUUCUCUUUUGGACUAUAUCUCUGCCAGCGAGUCAGCAUCCAAAGUUGCCCAUAUUGAGGAGACUGUUACCGCUCGAGAAGACAGGCCUCCAUCCAAGAUGGCUGAAAAGGCUGACAGCGUUUCCGAUACGGCGCAGCCCGUUCAGCAAUCGGAAAAUGUCGACGCGAAGUGGUAUCGAACACCAUUCUACAAUGCCACGAUUCUUGGCAUGUGUAGUUUUGCAGCCCCAGGUCUUUGGGGUGCGAUGAACUCUUUGGGUGCUGGUGGUGCUCAAGAGCCAUACCUCGUUAAUACCGGAAAUGCACUCACCUUCUGCCUCAUGAUCAUCUCAUGCUGGCUCACAAGCUCUGUUGUCAAAUAUGUCGGCAUCAAGGGUGCCUUAGUCAUCGGCACAAUCGGGUUUGCUCCAUACAGCGCAGGCCUGUACCUUAACAACCGUUACGGCGUCGAGUGGCUCGUUAUUCUCGGCGCUGCCUUCUGCGGCGUCUCAGCUGGUAUUUUCUGGGGCUCGGAAGCUGCUAUUGCCAUUGCAUAUCCUGAGCCUCAUAACAGAGGGCGCAUGAUUGCCUACUGGCUCACCUGGACUCGGGUUGGGCAAAUCCUCGGCGGAGUCAUCAACCUUGGCCUGAAUGCGGACCGCAGUGGAGCUGGCAAGGUGUCGUACAAGGUUUAUCUCAUCUUCAUCGCCUUACAAGCUUGCGGACCUUUCGUUGCAAUGCUUUUGAACAAGCCAGAAAAGGUCCAGCGAGCCGAUGGGAAGCCAGUCCAGCUGACCAUUGCCGACAACCCAUGGCAAGAGAUCAAGGCUACGACCAAGACGUUCCUCACCCCCAAAUUCCUGCUUCUCGUUUUGUGGAUCGGCCAGGGCGUGUACUCUGAAUCGAUUUUCUUCACCUACAUCGCUCUGUGGUUCUCUGUUAGAGCCCGUGCUCUCGGAUCACUUCUCUCCGGUAUCGUCGCAGUCAUCGCUGGUAACCUCCUCGGACUGUGGCUCGAUCAGAACCAGAUCGCUUUGAAAAAGAGAGCUCGCUGGGCCUUUGCAGUCAUUAUGACUCUCCAGGGUGCCUGGUGGCUAUGGUUGACGAUCAAUGUCACCGAGUACCGUCGAACUCAGCCUACGCUCGACUGGAGUGACCCAGGAUUCGGCAGAGGCUUUGGUGUCUUUAUCUUUCUGGUCGCUGGCUUCCAGUUGAACUACAACUUUGCGUUCUUCAUAAUUGGACAGAUCUCCGAAAACCCCCAGGAGACGAUCCGCCUGUCAGCACUUCUUCGAGGCACAGAGUCAGCCUGGCAAGCUGUCAGUUACGGACUGAACGCAAUCCCAAUUUUCGCCUUAGUCGGCGGACCGUACAUUAACUUUGGGCUUUGGUUUAUCUCGAUUUACCCGGCUUGGCUGGUUGUCAGACAUUUCGGCAAUGAUGCAAGGAAGACUGAUGCAGAGACAGUCACUCAGUCGGAGGCGGUCCACGAAAUUAAAAGUUGAAGGGGAUGCGGGGCACUGCUGAUUGUUGGGCAACAAGUUAAGCUGUAGCUUGACAUGAGGUGCUACUCGUCCACAUCUUGAUCGAUCCUCUGGCUACUAUCCACAAAGACGUAGUCAUGAAUACAAGAAUACAAUGUAUUACUUGGGUAACAAGUCCUCUCACUCUUUGUCUCUCUUUGUUCUCUAGUUGCAACCUUAAAUGCGUCGAUGAUAAUGUGAUGCUGUUGG